GACCAAUGUAUAUAUACAUAAUAUAUAGAGGUAUAAUCAAUCCAAAUACAAAAAAUUAGCCAAAUACAAUGAGGAUUUGAACAGUGAAAUCCUAUCUGUCACAUUAAAUACAAAAUCCAAACAAUUGCUGCCAAUUAAUAUAAUUCUUCAUCUGUUCCUCAAACUGGCACUAUUUAAUAAUGUUUAGAGGCUCAUUUAGAAAUGCAAUUAAAAAUAAAAAAAUAAAAAUAAAUAGAGAAAUGGAGAAAAUUAUUCUGUUUACAUUGACCAUGGUACUCAGCGCAGUACUAGUGCAGUCAAAGUACUACUCUAGAAGCGUGGCGUACGAGCCGGUUCAGCUGAAGAAGACAAAUCUACGUUUCUACGUUCACGACACAAUAACCGGAUCUAAUCCAACGGCUGUGGUGAUAGCUCAUCCAAACGCCACGUCAUCAUCAGCAUCUCCUCUCUUCGGCAGAUUGAUAGCGAUUGACGAUCCGCUGACCGAAGGGCCGGAGAUAAGCUCGAAGACCAUCGGCAACGCGCGUGGGAUGUACGCGUUUGCCAGCAAGGACGACAAGGAGUUGACUUUGGUUCUGUACGUUGACCUCGGUUUCACAUCUGGAAAGUACAAAGGGAGUUCGUUAAGCGUGCUUUCGAGAAACCCGAUUUUGGAGAAUCCGAGGGAGAUGACGGUGGUCGGAGGGAGAGGGCUUUUCCGGCAUGCUAGUGGCUUCAUUACUGUUAGGACUCAGUCCGAUGACGGCGAGAAGGGUGAUGCUGUUCUGGAGUACAAUGUCGAGGUUGUUCAUCCUUGAUUUUUUAAAUUCACUUUUUGGAUAUUAUUAAUGAGAUACA